CUUCUAUUUGUCUAAUCUGGCCUAUAUAUAUAUAUAUAUGUAUAGGUACCGGGAGUGUGUUACUUGUUGUGUUCAUCCUCGUAAACUGGCUACUGUUCAAUGCAUAGCAUGUGCUAAACUGAAUCUCUCGGCGAAGGAUUCAUACCAUUGCUCUCCAAAGUGCCUCUCUGAUUCAUGGCAAAACCAUGUGGAACGUCACCAUCUGGCAGCGGAGACCGCCGCCAACGACCCGGCAAAUGCUAGCGAGCAAGAUCCGAUACCUGAAAGCUGUGAGAUGUGGACCCAAAUUGGCAAAUCCCCGGCCACGUUAAUCGGUGAGAAUCCAGAGGUGGUGGAAGGAGAAGCAGACGACAGAAAAUGGGUUAAGAUCGGGUCAUCAAAAAUUUAUGAACCCACGAGAGAUGAUUUUGGUUUGUGUUUAAGGCUUGUAACUUUAGCCAUUGACAGCUCGAGUUGCGCUUAUCUGUGUGCGACGGUGAUUUCGGUGACGAAGCCUGUGAUUAACUUUCCUGCUCGUGUUCAUCGCAACAUGAUCCAAUUGGGAACCACUCAGCAGAUAUCUUCUAAUGACUUUGGAUUUAGUGUUCUAUCAUAUAAUAUCCUUUCUGAUAUCUUUACUAAUAGAGGUGCGUACGGACACUGCCCUAAAUGGGCCCUUGUCUGGCAAUACCGCCGGAAGAAUUUGCUCGAGGAAAUCAUUGCCUAUGAUGCCGAUAUUCUGUGUCUCCAGGAGGUACAGAGUGAUCACUUUGAAAAUUUCUUCCAGCCUGAGCUUGCCAAAGUUGGUUACUCUGCUGCAUUCAAGAAAAAGGCCGGAGAGGUGUGUGUGGGAAACGACUUAUUUGCAGCUGAUGGGUGUGCAACAUUCUACCGUCAUGAUAUGUUCAAAGAAAUUAUGAGAGAUGAGCUUGAGUAUGCUAAGGCAGCACGACCUCUCGUGGAAGUUUUGCAACCUGAAUUCCAAGAUAUAGUCGCGCGUCGGCUGAACAAGGACAAUGUUGCGCUUGUUGUUAUACUGGAAUCAGUGGAAAGAGAAAGGUCUGAGAACGAGUUUCCACCUCGAAUUUGCGUGGCAAAUACACAUAUAUGUGCAGGUGCCCACACUCCUGAUGUCAAAUUACUUCAGAUUACGAAGCUAGUCGAUGGACUGGAAAGGAUUGCAGAGGCAAAAGUUCCUAUACUGCUUUGUGGGGAUUUCAACGUUCUUCCCACCAGUAACGCUUAUGCAUAUCUAAGUAAAGGUAGGAUUAAUCCUCUCAACACCAGAGAACCUGAUCCCUUGAGGCUAUUGCGUUUUCUCAAGCUUACCCAUUCCCUUUCUCUGGCGAGCGCUUAUGCUUCUCUUGCUCCUAAUACAAGUGUUGAGGAAACCCAGCUGAGGAGGAUGUUGGACUGUGAACCCAUUUUCACUAACUUCACGCCAAAUUUCCUUGGGACUCUAGAUUAUAUUUUCUACACAGCAAACUGCUUCAUGGUUGAAGGUCUACUGGAACUUCUCGACCAGGAGAGCUUGGGACGUGGUCUUCCAUCACCAAUAUGGUCAUCAGACCAUAUUGCCAUCAUGGCUAAGUUCCGAUUCAAGCUUCCCUCAUCCUGGAAAGAAUCUCCACCUCAUACUCCUUCCAAAAUAUGGUUCACAGAAGAGUAAUGCUAGACGAAACUCCACAAAAGAGAGAUUCAAAAUGAAAAGGAGAGUCAUCAUUCCUACUAUAAACAUCCAUCUUGUAACAUAGGGAAAUAAAGUUCAUUGUUUUAAGUUCUAAAUCUAAUGCCAAUAGGACAUGCAUAUUUAGCCAGAAACACAGGAAAACAGUUAUCAGGUGGACAUCUUACAACAGCCUCUAUCUAUUCGUUUUAAUGUGUCAAAUCGUAGAUCUGUCUAUGCUUGACAACUAAAGUACACUACCAUUCAUUUGAUAUAUUCAAUGCUCAUCUUUACAGUCUCUAAACUAUUAUACAUGUACCAAAAUGGCAGCCACAUAGGAACUGCGAAGACAGACCAAAUCUGCUCAUUUAUAGAUCCAGCAAGCAAAGUGGAAUACAGCAAAAAUUGAGAAAACAACAAACCUGGAUGGAAUAAAUAGAUUCCUUCUUUUAGGGUAUUUUGGAAAGUGAAUGAAACAAAUUACAUGCAUUAGUUUCAUUGUUAUAAUAAAGCAAUCCACAAUCCAUGCAUAAAAUAUAGAGUAAACAACAAGCAAGGAUGAAAUGCAUGCCAAAAGGACAUAAAGCAGGGUGAGGGAAGAUUUAUACAAAAAUCAGAAACCCAAACACAGGAAAAAAAAA